CCUCUUCCUUUUCAUCAGCUACUCGUGGAAGCCGUAAGGAACUCCGGGUGGGAGCAUCACCACCAACCAUGGCCGAGGAAGGCAUAACUGCUGGAGGUAUAAUGGAUGUCAACACUGCCCUUCAAGAAGUGUUGAAAACUGCACUUAUCCAUGAUGGGUUAGCACGUGGAAUUCGUGAAGCUGCCAAAGCCUUAGACAAACGCCAAGCCCAUCUUUGUGUUCUUGCAUCCAAUUGUGAUGAACCUAUGUAUGUAAAGCUGGUUGAGGCUCUUUGUGCUGAACAUCAAAUCAAUCUGAUAAAGGUUGAUGAUAACAAGAAGCUUGGUGAGUGGGUAGGUCUCUGCAAGAUUGACAGAGAAGGAAAACCUCGUAAAGUUGUGGGUUGCAGUUGUGUGGUUGUUAAAGACUAUGGCAAAGAAUCUCAGGCCAAAGAUGUCAUCGAAGAGUACUUCAAGUGCAAGAAAUAAAUAAAAUACAUUUGAGCUGACA